AUGAAGAGAACAUUGGAAAUGAAUGUCUUACUGACCUUACAAAUUUUGGUUGACUUUGUGAAGACACAAUUGAAAGCUGUCUUUGAAAGACUUAGCCUGGAGCAACAGAAAAUAGAAAACUAUCUUUCAGACUGGAGUAUGAAAAUACUAGAUCAUUCUUCAGAAGAAAGAUGUAACCUGCUUAGUGAAGUGCCCAUGGAAUUAGAAACCUUGGAAUGCCCAUACCCUGAUUUAAAAUCUUCAGUUCUUAAUGAGUUCUAUAACUUUACAGAGAAAUAUCAAAAGAAACUUCAAGAUGUUGAUCUGCAGUUAGAAGACAUAGCCAGAAAUUUCCACUUAAGUGAAGAAGACCAAUGGAUUUACCAGGCUGUUCUGGAUCAGUAUCCUGCAGAUCUCUGUGGUAGAAGGACUCUGUAUCUCAACAUGUUACAAAGAUAUUUUCCUCACAAAUCUAGGCAUGAUUUGGUGGAACAUGAGAAAUAUUGUGAUCAGUAUCGCUUUGCUAGGGAGCAGCGAAGGAUCCUGAUAUCAAAUUGGAAUAAGAGCAGGAGAGACUUUAUGAAGAAGGCCGUACUGACACUUGCUGAGGCCUGUGCAGCACAUGCCAUGGAGGGCACGUUGGCAAAGGAUAGGAGAAAGCAACAGGAACUGUGUGCUCAUCUGAAAGCCAAGGUUCUUCAAUGGCGAGCCCACCAGGAAGAAGUAGCAAGACUGGAAAUGGAAAUUUCUGCCAGAAGAAGAGAAAAGGAGGAGGAGAGAGAGAAGCUAUGGAAGAGGAAGGAAUUGUUUCAAAGAGCAGAGAAGAAAAAGAAAAUAAGAAAAUAUUGGGCUAAAAAAGAACAGAAGUGGCAAGAAGUGGAAAUGAGAGAUCUUCAGCGUCUAGAAGAACUGAAGAAAUUAAUGGCUGAACAGUCAGUAAAAGACAGAGAAAGGGUUAAAUAUAGACAAGAAUUACUGGAAAAGCGUUUGCUGGAGAAAAAAGCAGUGGCCCUCCAAGAAGCUCAUGAAGAAGGCGAGAGAGAGAGGCGACUAGAAGCCCUUAGGAAACAGGUUGCUAUUGUUGCUCAAUUUGAUCCUGUUAGAAUGAUGUCAGACACAAUGGCAUCAAAAGCAAGAAUGGGUAUUGGAACUGAAGAAGAAUUUAUUCUUCAAAAGCCACUCUUUACAUUGAAUACAUACAAUGAAUACCAGAUAAUUUCUGACCCUAGACUCCGUUUUGAGUUAGCAGUUCGAGAAGCUGGACUUCAUAAAACAUUUUAUGCCAGAGAGAUAUUACCAAAAAUCAGUCCUCAAAAACCUCCAAGAAAGGACAUGGAGUCUACUGUAUUUAAAAUCUAG